CGCCGUAGCGCCCGCCCGUCCGCGCCGCCGAGGGGAGGCCGCGCCGAGCGGGGCCGGGCCGGGCCGGGACCGGGACCGGGCCGGGGCCAUGAGCGACAUCCGGCACUCGCUGCUGCGGCGGGACGCGCUGAGCGCCGCCAAGGAGGUGCUGUACCACCUGGACAUCUACUUCAGCAGCCAGCUGCAGAACGCGCCGCUGCCGCUCGUGGACAAGGGCCCCACCGAUCUGGUCGAGGAGUUCCUCUUCCAGGUCCCCAAGGAGCGCGGCGCGCCGCCCAAGAGACUGACCCCCUUCCAGGAACUUCAGCUCCUUGAGAUCAUGUGCAAUUAUUUCCAAGAGCAGACCAAGGACUCAGUCCGGCAGGUCAUCUUCUCAUCUCUCUUCAGCCCCCAAGGGAACAAAGCAGAUGACAGCAGGAUGGCUUUGCUGGGGAAGCUGGUUUCCAUGGCAGUGGCUGUCUGCAGGGUGCCUGUGCUGGAGUGUGCUGCCUUCUGGCUGCAGCGGACCCCGGCCGUGUUCUGUGUGAGGCUGGCCCGAGCCCUGGUCGAUGACUACUGCAACCUGGUGCCAGGCUCCAUCCAGACCCUGAGGCAGAUCUUCACUGCCAGCCCUCGCUUCUGCUGCCAGUUCAUCACAUCAGUCACAGCUCUCUACGACCUCUCUUCAGACGACCUCAUCCCCCCCUCGGAUCUGCUGGAGCUGAUCGUGUCCUGGAUCUUCGAGGACCCUCGCCUGGUCCUCAUCACCUUCCUGAACACUCCCAUUGCAGCCAACCUGCCCAUGGGCUUCCUGGAGCUCACCCCGCUCACCGGCCUCAUCCGCUGGUGCGUCAAGGCCCCCUUGGCCUACAAGAGGAAGAAGAAAGCCUCUCUCUCCAAUGGACACCCUCCCAGCAAAAUUGCCAAGGACUCGGCCUCAGGGGAAGACAGGGAUUGCCACCAGCUGUAUUCCAAGCUGCAUCUGAGUGUCCUGCAGGUUCUUAUGAUGCUCCAGGGGCAUUUGACAGAGAAGAACCUUUACGGGCGCCUGGGGCUGGUACCCUUCGACCACGUGGUUCCUCUGGUGGAGGACAUUAACAGACUGUCUGAUGAACUCAAUCCUCUCAAUGCGUCCAAAGAGAUUGAACUUGCUCUGGACAGGCUGGCUCAGGCUCUGCAAGUGGCCAUGGCAUCAGGAGCUCUCCUGUGCACCAGAGAUGACUUGAGGACUGUGUGCUCCAGGCUACCACAUAACAACCUGCUCCAGCUGGUGAUUUCAGGCCCGGUACAGCAGCCGACGCACGGGGCGCUGCCCCCCGGCUUCUACCCGCACAUCCACACGCCUCCGCUGGGCUACCCCGCGCACCCCGCGCUGCCUGCGCACCCCGUGCAGACCUUCAUCCCCGGGAUGAGCUUCCCGUACCGGCCCAUCCGCUAGCCCCGGGGCAUCCCGGCCUCCCGGGGGCCUGCAGAUGAGAACUGAACGCCCGGGAGCCGCAUUCUCCUCUGCCCGGAGCCGCGUUCUCCUGUGCCCGGAGCCGCGUUCUCCUGUGCCCGGAGCCGCGUUCUCCUGUGCCCGGAGCCGCGUUCUCCUCUGCCUGGAGCCGCGUUCUCCUGUGCCCGGAGCCGCGUUCUCCUGUGCCCGGAGCCGCGUUCUCCUGUGCCGGGAGCCGCGUUCUCCCGUGCCGGGAGCCGCGUUCUCCCGUGCCGGGAGCCGCGUUCUCCUGUGCCUGGAGCCGCGUUCUCCUGUGCCGGGAGCCGCGUUCUCUGCCGGGAGCCGCGUUCUCCUGUGCCCCGGAGCUGCGUUCUCCUGUGCCCGGAGCCGCGUUCUCCUGUGCCGGGAGCCGCGUUCUCCUGUGCCGGGAGCCGCGUUCUCCUGUGCCCGGAGCCGCGUUCUCCUGUGCCUGGAGCCGCGUUCUCCUGUGCCCGGAGCCGCGUUCUCCUGUGCCCGGAGCCGCGUUCUCCUCUGCUGGGAGCCGUGUUCUCCUGUGCCGGGAGCCGCGUUCUCCUCUGCUGGGAGCCGUGUUCUCCCGUGCCCGGAGCCGCGUUCUCCCGUGCCCGGAGCCGCGUUCUCCUCUGCCCGGAGCCGCGUUCUCCUGUGCCGGGAGCCGCGUUCCCCUGUGCCGGGAGCCGCGUUCCCCUGUGCCUGGAGCCGCGUUCUCCUGUGCCUGGAGCCGCGUUCUCCUGUGCCGGGAGCCGCGUUCUCCUCUGCUGGGAGCCGUGUUCUCCCGUGCCCGGAGCCGCGUUCUCCUGUGCCCGGAGCCGCGUUCUCCUCUGCCCGGAGCCGCGUUCUCCUGUGCCGGGAGCCGCGUUCCCCUGUGCCGGGAGCCGCGUUCCCCUGUGCCUGGAGCCGCGUUCUCCUGUGCCUGGAGCCGCGUUCUCCUGUGCCUGGAGCCGCGUUCUCCUGUGCCUGGAGCCGCGUUCUCCUGUGCCUGGAGCCGCGUUCUCCUGUGCCCGGAGCCGCGUUUUCCUGUGCCCGGAGCCGCGUUCUCCUGUGCCCGGAGCCGCGUUCUCCUGUGCCGGGAGCCGCGUUUUCCUGUGCCCGGAGCCGCGUUUUCCUGUGCCCGGAGCCGCGUUCUCCUGUGCCCUGGAGCCGCGUUCUCCUGUGCCGGGAGCCGCGUUCUCCUCUGCUGGGAGCCGCGUUCUCCUGUGCCCCAGAGCCGCGUUUUCCUGUGCCCGGAGCCGCAUUUCCCUCUGCUGGGAGCCGUGUUCUCCUGUGCCCUGGAGCCGCGUUCUCCUGUGCCCGGAGCCGCGUUUCCCUGUGCCCCGGAGCCGCGUUCUCCCCUUGAAGCAGAGCUGAGCCCGCCCGCACCGGGCGGUGCCCUCGGGCAGCGCAGGGCCCGCGCUGGGUCUGGGUGUGGGGGGAGAUGCUGGGGCACUUCACAGGGACAGAAGGAGGGGAUGGGAAUGGGCAACAUCAGUUCCAAACCUCUGCAGCGUGUGGAAAUUUUCUUGCUCCAAGGGUAUGACACUCAAUCGUGUUUUGCAGCAGCCCGGAGCUGUUCACAGCACAGCGAGCCCGGCUGCUGUGGCUGUGGGAGGGCCAGAAGGGAAGGCCUUGUAUGAUUUUUUCCAAGCUAUUCCACUCCAGCCUGCUUGUUUCUUUGUAAAUGUUUGUAUCUAUAGCUACAGAGUAUGUGUACACUGUAUAUUUUUGGAAGGCAAACGUUUGUUUCGAAGCACAAGGUAGAGUAAAGCAGCAUUUCCUAUUAAAGGAAACAACUUAAGAAGUAUAAAACAAA